AUUUUUGUACCUAUAGCGCCACACCUGUUGGAUCAAAACUUAUAUAACUUUGUCUAUCUACUAUUUGCUUCUGCUACUGAGUAAAAAAAAGAAGAAACUUCACACUCUUCACAUCACUAUCAUUAUUUUAAUCUAGGGAGAGUGUGAUUGGUCCCAAUGGCGCUGAACGUGCCUGGUUUGGUGGUGAUGGCCGUCUUCUACCUGGUCAUCUUGGGGACGGGCAUCUGGGCCUCAAUGCGCUCUCGGAAAAUGGAGAAGAUGUGUACCGGAGACGGCAUGGAGAUCACACUCUUAGCUGGACGCAACAUUAAUCUACUGGUCGGGGUCUUUACAUUGACAGCGACCUGGGUGGGUGGAGGCUUCAUCCUUGGUAUCGCAGAAGCCACUUACAACCCAACACUUGGAGCUGUCUGGGCUCUGAUGCCUGUGCCCUACAUUGUGACCUUCUUCCUUGUGGUAUCUGGGUAAAUCAGUGACUCCC